CGAGUUCCCAGAUCUGCAAAAGUCUCCCACUUUCCUGACCCUGCAUUCACUAUAUCUGGUCUCCCCGGACCCUGCAUUCACUAUAUCUGGUCUCCCCGGACCCUGCAUUCACUAUAUCUGGUCUCCCCGGACCCUGCAUUCACUAUAUCUGGUCUCCCCGGACCCUGCAUUCACUAUAUCUGGUCUCCCAGGACCCUGCAUUCACUAUAUCGGGUCUCCCCGGACCCUGCAUUCACUAUAUCGGGUCUCCCCGGACCCUGCAUUCACUAUAUCUGGUCUCCCAGGACCCUGCAUUCACUAUAUCGGGUCUCCCACAGUGAACACAACAUGGAAAUGCAAUUGAUUUAGUAGAUAUAAAUG